AUGAGUGUAUUUAUCAUUCCCCAUUCCGGCAAGUACCGCGGGUACUUUGAGUUUGCCGUGGUAAUGAGCGGGAAGAAGCAGUCGAAGCUGAAAGUAACGGUCUACGAUGAACUGAAGAAGCGAGUUGUGUACGAGACGAAAGACACGUGGCCCUCUGGCAGGAAAAUGGCGCUGCCGCCCGGUGAUUACUGCGUGCAUGCGGAGCUGGUGUUGCCACGCCUUGAUGGGUCAACCCUUCUUCUCGAUGCUGUCAAGGCGCAGUACUCUAUUGUUCAGAGGAGCGGGAGUACGUUGUCAACGCCGACACCGCUAUCGGGGCAAAUGCUACGGGAGGAGUUGGCAUCGUGUGCCAGUCAUGUGCAGCGACUGAGCCCAUACUCAACGGAGGGGGCGAUAGCCCUCGCCGCGCGCGCUGAUCUUGUGGACGGGGGCGAAUUGGCGACUCGUUUGGGCUCAUUUCCCCCGUCACGGAGGAGCAUGUCAGAGUUCAAUGGUCGUUCCUCCGUCAACGCUGAAUCCGUGGCUGGGGACGAUGCGGCGAGUGUGUGGCGCAGCCCUUCUCGCGGGACUCCCAACCCGGCACUUCCGCGUAUACGCGACCCGACACCAGCGCAGGCGCUCAGGGCGUUUUCUGAGUUGCCAUCGAAGAGGGCCACACCAUCUCUUGCGAGGGUCUCUUUGAACGCGUAUGAGACUGCAGAGCCAAAGUCACCGUUCUCCUUGCCGCAGCGGAAUAUCUCCUUGACAGCACACCCAUACGCGCCCUCUGAGGCCGGCAACAACGAAAACACUGCACCGGCCGCCUUCAAUCCGGAACCGCAGAACGCCACUUCCUGGCUUUGGAAGUUGUCCCCAACACCUGUCAAGGAGGAGAGGAUGAUGAAAUCCUCACCGGGGUCCGUUUAUGCGAUGGCUAUCGACGAGCCAAAUUCAAGGCAAAUGAAUUACGAAGAGAUCCCUCUUGUUUCGACGCCUCCCCAGCAGCAGCAGCAGUCUGAUUACCCCGCGGACUCCGCGCGGGGCUCGGUGCACACACCUCCCCAAUAUGAAACUAUCGCAUUACCCUGCUGCAACGAGGGCGUGGGGGUUCGUCCUGUCAAUGCAGUAAAUUCUCCGGAUCGGUUGCAUGCGAAUGACCAGGCGGUACCCUUUUCGUACAGUUUGCCAGUCGAGAAUGUUGAAGAAAACAAAAACCCCUUGUCAUUUCGAGAAACGACGCCUCUUUUUGUGCGUGCUGAACCGGUACGCAACAAUGAAGAAGAAAAGAUAAGCAGUUUGCCGAAGCAACCGAAUGCCGAGAAGGAACAACAAACUCUCCAUUUCGCGAUACCGACUUCCACGAAUGGUUCCUCAGCGGAAAUGGUGAAAUAUACCCCACCCGUGACGAUAAAGGAUAACCAAGAGAAAUCGCCAAACCGGGGCAGUGCGCAACCCACAAGCCCGCAUCUUCCUUCUAGGAAGGAGGGUCCCACUUUUGUUGUACCACCCCCCGACGUCAUUGAUGUGCAUGAGCCCUUUUGCCUGGCGCUUGCUUUCGGUUCUCCAAAUGCAGCAACAACGACGAACCCUGUUUUUAUUCAUGUGCUGGUCGAGGAGGAAGUGGAACCUGGAGUUAAGCCGGUGGAGCCUGUGAUUUCUGUGGUGCCCGCCACGUUGGCCGCAGUCCCAACCCAGGCAAGAGGGAUCAACUACCGCUGGGUGUGCUCACCUUCGAUACGUGCAAACGGGCGUACUGGCUUGAUGGAGUUACUGGGCGGUGUGGCGGGGAAGCCGCACACUGCCAUAGCAAUCUCCACGGUGUGCGUGGGUCCUUCUUGCGAUGGCCAAACACUCUCAGGCAUUCAGUUUGUGCUUGAUAAUGUUGAGCGGAUAAGUUCGUGCCAGUUUUUUGUUUCUUUUCGAGAAAUUGAAGAGAUGAGCAACGAGGAAGAGGAAGUUACAAAAGAGGAAGCAAGCGUGAACGAAGAUGACAACAAUGGGGACACCGCCAAAGCGCAGGAAAAAAGCAGGCAAACACCCACAUUGGACGAUCGUGCCCUGGGCGCCGAGGUUAUAUACAACUCGUUGCCGUAUAUUCGUUGCGUUGUGGACGAAAAUGGCGAGAUGACACUUGAAGUUCAACGCAAGAAUUUCGUGGUCGCGUGUGAGCCCGUUCAGAAAGGCUCUCGUGUCGCCAUGUACUUUGGAACCAUCGCAACUAACAGUAAAGCCGCUGGCGGCAACGUUGGAGGACAACAGCCGUAUCUUUCUGUUCUUGUGGAUUAUCGAACAGUAUUCCGUUACGUCGUUCCUUUUGGAAAGGUUCCGGAAGCCCUGCGUGUCAUUCUGAUGAGCAGCGUGAAAUCAUCGACGGAUGCGCCUGACUCUGGGGCCUGCAUGCGGCUACGGGAAGUGGAGCUUUUGUCGCAGCAGCGCAGGCUUGUGGCAUUUGCCGAUGAAGUGUGCCUGGACGACGCAAAAGCGAGUCAAAUAAGUGACAGCAUCCGACGAAAACAGCAAGAAGAGGGACCAAGUCAGCAUGGCGCUGGGAGGCCUGGUUCAGUUUCAGCGUGGGUGGCGGGGCAAAACCCCGGAAUACGCGCGUGGCGUCGUGUGACACUUCUUUGA